GCAGGAGGUCGAUUAAAUUGCCCUUUGUGAGGGGCUCACAACAUGAUAUCCCCGUUGCCUUCUCACAACUCCAAGGACGGAUUUCUUUCUCCAAAUCAACUUGUAUUUAUCUUCCUUAAUCAUAUGCUUGAAGUAUAAAAACCAGAUUGUUUUGAGUGAGUUAGGGAUUGAAUGAUGUACGGACGAGCAGGACUUGAUAGGUUCAAGAAAGCUCAGUCCUUGGAACCCUUCUCAGUUACCACUCUCAAUUCGGCUUCGAAAUCGUCUUCAACAACAAAACCUGUUACUGCCCAUUCCUCGGUUUUACAACAUCCGCGGCAUCAGACCAAUGCCGCACAAGGCCCGCAGAAGCCUGCAGGGCAGGAGGCAGCAGCCACAUUGGUGGGGCAGACCCAGCAGGUGACCCAGGUGGGAGGGGGGCAGUCGACUUGGCAGCCGCCUGAUUGGGCCAUUGAACCUCGGGCCGGCGUUUAUUAUCUCGAGAUUUUGAAGGACGGCGAGGUUCUUGACCGGAUAAAUCUCGACAGGAGGAGACACAUCUUCGGGAGGCAAUUCCAUACAUGUGAUUUUGUGCUCGAUCAUCAGUCAGUUUCUCGCCAGCACGCCGCAGUUAUCCCUCAUCGGAAUGGAAGCAUAUACGUAAUUGAUUUGGGGUCUGCACAUGGUACUUUUGUUGCAAAUGAACGGUUGACUAAAGAUACCCCUGUUGAGCUUGAAGUUGGGCAAUCUCUGCGAUUUGCAGCAUCAACUAGAACUUAUAUUUUGAGAAAGAACAAUGAAGCCCUUUUUCCCCGUCCUCCACUACCCACAGAGAUCAAUCUACCUCCACCUCCUGAUCCAUCCGAUGAAGAAGCCAUUGUGGCCUAUAAUACACUUCUCAACCGUUAUGGUAUCAACAAGCCUGUGGUACCAUCUAAAUCCGAUGGCUCUGGCCGCUCGGCAAGUGGAACAGAUGACAGUCACACAGAGAGACCCGCUAAAAGAACGAAGAAGGCAAGAGUUGCCUUCAGGGAUCAAGUUGGGGGAGAACUUGAAGAAGUUGUUGGAAUUUCAGAUGGUGCGGAUGUGGAAACAGAACCUGGUCCAAUAGGUGUGAAAGAAGGAACUCUCGUUGGAAAAUACGAAUCGUUAGUACAGAUAACAGUCAUACCCAAAGGGAAGGAACAAAACCUGGCAAAGGAGGACAGUUCUUCCCAAAAAGGUGUGACUGGUAAACUUCAAGAGGUUUUAAACAAGGUAAAAAGUGCUCCAACUAGUGGGAUUUAUGACGAUCUCUAUGGAGAAUCCUUUGCCGGAAAAGUAGGUUCUUCCUGGGCAUAUCCUUCUGUUAGUUCGAGUGGUAAACCAGCUUCUCCAACCAAAGACACCGAAGAAAAAUCAUCAAGUGUUGAACCCAACAAUAACUCAAGUCAUGUUGAUGACGACGACGAUGAUGAUGAUUUGUUUGGUGAUUGAUUAGAUCCGAUUGGACAGCCGGUGUAGAAUUUUUGUCAUCCUCUGAUUAUUCUGGGUUUGAAAAAAUUCUUGGAGGUUGAAAAGCAGCACUCCCCGAAAAGUUACAUGGCACACUCUCUAGCUGGAGGGUAGAAUUUUGUUGCAACUAACUAGUGACUUUUUCUUGCUACCUCAGGCUCCGACUCUUAUAUUCUUACUUGAAACCUGUCUUAUAAGAAUGGAGAUGACAAAAUGAGAUACCAUUGUCCCCACUUUUUUCUAAUUAAGUUGUUUCUUGCCGUCAUUCCUUGACCCGCCUAUAAGCUUGCGGUUUGUCUAGUAAUGAUGAAGCUUGUAGAGAGCGGCUGGCUGCAUCGAUGUUUUGUGUCUCAGUGGCCUUUAAGUGGUGACAUAGUUAUUGCUUCAAUGUCUUGGAAAACAAUUUUCCAGUUGUAUUUCUUUUCCUCAAAACAAAAGAACAUUUUCUCAUUUUGGAGAUAGUUUUCAGAUUUGAGAAUAUUUGUGUUCACUAUAUCAGUUCGAAGUGCAAGUUCUGUUGUU